GCCGCGCACGCGCGCCAAGGAGUUCGGCGACGGCCCCGCCCCUCGCCUGCCUCGUCCCGCCCCUUUGGGGGUAGGGACAGCGCGGCUUCCGCCGGGAGCCCGGAACCGAGCCCGGGAGCCGGUGGCGGUGCGCCAGUGCCACCUCCGCGAGCCCCAACCCGCAGACGGUUCCCUGUCUCCCGCGCCCCAAUUUCGAUUUUCAAACGCAACUCCUACAGGAUUCUGAGAUCCCGUCCCAUCUCCCAUAUCCCAUUUCCAGCUGCAAAUUACUGCAGAAUCUGAACCCAGGAAAGAAACCCAUCUGCCGACCCCCGUCUUCCCUCUCUAGACAGGUGGAGAGCGGGUGAGGGUCUCGCUCGGCUUUCCCCCUGCACCUUUCCCACCCUCCCGCCCGUCCCUGGGGGUCCUCCGUCACCGCGGCCAUGGCCCAGAAGCCGAAGGUGGACCCCCACGUCGGGCGGCUGGGAUACCUGCAGGCGCUGGUCACGGAAUUCCAGGAGACCCAAAGCCAAGACGCCAAGGAGCAAGUCCUCGCCAACCUCGCCAACUUCGCUUAUGACCCCAGCAACUACGAGUAUCUGCGGCAGCUGCAGGUCCUGGAUUUAUUUCUCGAUUCGCUGUCGGAGGAGAAUGAGACCCUGGUGGAGUUUGCUAUUGCUGCUGCAGUCUGAAUGGUGACGGUGGCCCCUGCAGAAGCAUGUGGCUAAAUCUCCACCAGGGGGCAAUAGAGCUCCUCCAAAUCAAGCUGCUGACCCUGGAGAAAAAUUGGCGGAAGUCACACAGCAGUCCCCACCAAAAGUGUUUACCAAGUGGAGUCUUUCCUGCUGGCGUUUCCUCAGGGUCAGGAAGCAACUUUCCCAGGACAGGGGCACCCUGAGGUCCGGGUCCACUGAGCUAUGGGGGCGGCGUGGGCCUGGGCUGGGUUCUUGCCAUCCUGGGCAGCUUCCCAGCGUGGGUGACUGAGCCCGGGUCCUGGAGUCCGUGGUCCCAGCGUCUCCACUUCUCAGCUGAUUCCUAGAAGCUGAGUCCCGUCCCUUCUCCGAGCGUGGUUUCCUCUCCCGCCUUGCCUGCCUCGCAGGCAGUUGUGGGAGCAGAAGUGUGUCUGUGCAUCUGUGUCUCUGUGCAGGUGUUUUAGAAUUGUUAGGAUCAUUAUCACCAGCUUUACUUUUCCCAACCAUUUUUUUUCCUCCUUUUUUUCUCUUCCUUCUUCUGCCACAGCAAGACCCCCCGCCCCAAGCACAGUAGCUUUCUCAGCGUCGAAUCCCUCCGUGGGACCCUCUGCAAAUGAAGUUUCUCGAAAUUUCUCUUGUAUUUAUUAUGCAUGACUGAGAAGGAGAGCCCCCGCGUAUUUUCUUACUGCCAUUGUUUCCCUUUCUCUUAGUGUCUCUGCUUGGGGAUCCCCCGACAGGCACUUAUUCUGCUGUUUCUGGAGAAGGCUCUGUGCUGCGCUUUGGAGCUUUGAGUCUUUUAUCUGAUGUGGCAGCCCUGAGAUUGUGAUCUCCCUGAGCCAGAGCCAGCCUUACUUCUGUCUGCAUGGUUUGAGUGCUUAGGCCUUUUGGCCUAGGGAGGAGGAAAGAAGGGGAAGAAAAGGCAGGAGAUCUUCACUUAAUAGGUGUGGAGUCCUGGCCAUGACUUGGUGCAACACCCCUGAGCAGAGUUGGUUCUGGAAGGACUGGCAGAGUGGAGAGCUGGGUCAGAUUGCCCAUGGCUGUGGCUCGCAGAACCAAAACCAAGCUGGGUGUGGUGGCUCACACCUGUAAUCCCAUUUGGGAGGCCAAGGGGGGGUGGAUCACUUGAGGUCAGGAGUUCGAGACCAGCCUGGCCAACAUGGCAAAACCCCGUCUCUACUAAAAAUACAAAAAUUAGUUGGGUGUGGUGGCGCACACCUGUAGUCCCAGCUACUCGGAGGCUGAGGCAGAAGAGUUGCUUGAACCAGGAGACAGAGGUUGCAGUGAGCCAAGAUCACGCCACUGCACUCCAGCCUGGGUGACAGAGCGAGACUCUGUCUCCAAAAAAAAAAAAGGAAUCAAAACCAAUGUCUGCUUGGUUGAGCAGGGUGGUUCGUACCUGUAAUCCCAGCAUUCUGGGAGGCUGAAGCAAGAGGAUCGCUUGAGCCCCCAGGAGGUCAAGAGCAGCCUGGGCAACAUAGCAAAACCCUGUCCCUACAAAAACAAACAAAACAAGUAUCUGCUUGUUGGCAGGCAGCACAGUGAGUUGGAUGAGAGCUGGGCCCUGGGGUUAGGCAGGCAUCUGGGUGUGGGCUCUCUCUCCUCCAGUCAUCUGUCAGAUGGGGACAGUGCCAGUAGCUGCUUCACAUCAGUUGAGAGAAUUAAAUGAAACACCACAGUGCUCUUUUAGGGUUAGUGUCUGCAGCCAUAGAUAGGAUUCCCUUGGUCGCCAUCCAAAGACAAAUACCCAAAACCCUUUGAAGGUGAGCUGUCGCCCCUUGUCCCAGAGAGGUGAGGUGCGGGAUGGGAUAACGUCCUAUCAAGGGAAUCACUCAUCUGCUCCAGGAAUUCUUACCUUCUGGAAAAACAUCACGGAAUGACAGGAACACCGAUCCUCAGCCUCCCAGAGGGUGCCCAGGCAAUGUCAGGUGGGGAGAGCCUGGCUGCAGGCCCGGUGCUGUUGUGCCCCCAUCACGGAUGGCAUUAGCUCACACUUGGGGAGCACCCACUGCAUGCCAGGCGCUUGCAUCUUAUGCGUUGGACAUAGUACUAAAGUAGAUGUGCUUACACCGCCUUCUUUCCAAUCAGGACUCUGAGGCUUAGGGAGGUUCUGUGGGCUGGCCAAAGGUUUAAAGAGUACCAGACCUAGGCCGGGCAUGGUGGCUGACGCUUGUAAUCCCAGCACUUUGGGAGGCCGAAGUGGGCAGAUCACCGGAGGUGUGGAGUUCGAGACCAGCCUGACCAACAUGGAGAAACCCCAUCUCUACUAAAAAUACAAUUAGCUGGGUGUGGUGGCACGCGCCUGUAAUCCCAGCUACUCGGGAGGCUGAGGCAGGAGAAUCGCUUGAACCCAGGAGGUGGAGGUUGAGGUGAGCCAAGAUCACACCAUUGCACUCCAGCCUGGGCAACAAGAGUGAAACUCUGUCUCAAAAUAAAUAAAUAAAGAGUACCAGACCUGAGACUUAAACCCAAAGCAGUCAGAGUCUACAAGCUAGUCCCUUGGCCCUUUUCCUGCCCUUAGAGGAGUUCCGAUUCCUAGGAUUGUGGAGCGAAAGCGAGAAAGGAGUUUACUCCCAAUUGCUCAUUUUAUCAAUAAGGAAGCUGCGGUGCAGACAGCUGCCCCUCGUCUGGCUGUCGCAGGCCAGGCUGAGAAUGCAGGCUUCCUUCCGUCUGUCCCUGCAGCCACCACACUCACAGGUACCCUUCCAUGCUGGCUUUGCUGUGGCAGCUCUGAGUGAGGUCUGCUCUUUGGCCCAGCACUUCUGCCUCCUCUCUGAGGGCUGGAAGCUGGAUGCUAUCCAAACAAAUGGAUUUGCUCACCCUGCACACUAAGGCCAAUUACUGACAAAAAUUGCAGUGAGAAAGUGAGGCUUUGCUUUUGUUUUUGUUUUUGUUUUUUUUGAGACAGAGUCUCACUCCGUUGCCCAGGUUGGAGUGCAAUGGUGCAAUCUCGUCUCACUGCAACCUCCGCCUACCUGGUUCAAGCAAUUCUCCUGCCUCAGCCUCCUGAGUAGCUGGGAUUACAAGCACCCGCCACCACACCCAGCUAAUUUUUGUAUGUUUAGUAGAGACGGGGUUUCGACAUGUUGGCCAGGCUGAUCUCGAACUCCUCACCUCAGGUGAUCCACCCGCCUCGGCCUCCCAAAUGCUGGGAUUACAGGCGUGAGCCACUGUGCCCAGCCAAAAGUGAGGCCUUUAUUGUGGGGCGACAAGCAAGAAGAAUCCGGCAGCUCAUGCUUAAGACCCAAAUUCCCAGAUGGCUUAUGGGUAAGGGUGUUCAAAGGCAGGAGGCAGAGGUUACAGACAAAGCUUUAAAUCAACACCGGGAGGCUAUAUAUUGGUUUGGCCUAAGAAGGCAGGAUAUCUCCAAGGGAUGGGGCACAGAUCAUAGGUGGCUUCAAAGAUUUUCUGAUUUGUGAGUGGUUAAGGAGGUGAAGCUUUGUCUACAAAUUUGGCAUCAGCAAAAAAGAAUGUUAGCUAUAACCUGUGGGCAUGUCCUCCAGGCCCCUCAGGGAGUCUAAAGAGUGGUCAGAGUGUAGUUUUCAGUUCCCCUUAUCUGAGGUCUCAGUGCCAGGGGAACUGUUUGUUGAGGGUCCAGAUUUCUGAAAAGCAACUCAAGGACAGAUAUUAAGAUGUCAUCUUUAGGCCGGGCGUGGUGGCUCACACCUGUAAUCCCAGCACUUUGGGAGGCUGAGGCGGGUGGAUCCCUUGAGCUCAGGAGUUCAAGACCAGCCUGGCCAACAUGGUGAAACCCCGUCUCUAAAAAUACAAAAUCUAGCUGGGUGUGGUGGCAGGAGCCUGUAAUCCCAGCUACUCUGGAAGCUGAGGCAGGGGAAUCGCUUGAACCCAGGAGGCAGGCAGAGGUUACAGUGAGCCAAGAUCGUGCCACUGCACUCCAGCAUGGGCGACAAAGCAAGACUGUCUCAAAAAAAAAAAAAAAAGUUAUCUUUAGUUUCUAUGGGGAAACCAGACAUCCCCUGAUUCUGACUUCCUUGGCUAUUGUUUUAAGCUAACUAUUACCUUCUUGCUUAUCAAGUUGCUCAUUUGCUUCUCAGGGCUAGCUAGGUGCCUGGAAUUUCAUGAAGGGACGCAAGAUUUUCCUUUAUUUCCAUGCUUGGGGGCCUGCAGGCCCCUAGAGAAGCCCCUGCUCUCUCUCCAUGUCAGCCAGGGCUUCAGUCUGGCCUCAAGUGUUCCCAUCAGCGGUGGCAGUGGAACUACAGUGGCAGCAACCACUCGCCAACAGGGGCCUGGCCUCACUCAUCGUCGUCUCUGUGUGGCGGUCUCUUUCUCCUGUGGCUUCCUCUCAGUUGCCCGCCGUCGGCACCGCCACAGCCAUGAGGAAGGAUCCGGCUACAGCGACCGCGGAGAACACGCACGGGUUUUCAAGUCUCUGGCCUCUUUCGUGGCCUCUUGUGGAUUUGCCCAUUUAGAGCAAUUGUAGAACUAGUUUAUUGACCCUUUCCUGUGCUUCUGGCUGCCUUUUCUGCCCAGGGUCCAGGGCUCCUGUUUGGGUGCUGUUGGGAUAAAAGCUGCCUCUCCUGGAUGCCCGCCCAGUGCUCACCAUGUGCUCGCCACACGCCCACCUGAACCAGCCCUGUCCACGAGGCCUCUGAAUCAGUCAUGAACGGCAAGGCCGAUGGUUCUAACCCCUUUGUACAUAUCAGGAACCCCCACCACCAAGUGAGGGCAAGUCCACUGCCUGGGGCUCCCGCUGUUAGUGAUAACUGGAGCCAGGACUUCGCCCCUGUCAUCCAGGAUCCAAAUUCCGUGCCCCAGGAACCCAGCUGGCACCAGGCUCAGACUCUAGUCCCUUGUUCUGGCCUCAAACUCCUGGGCUCAAGUGAUCCUCUGACCCCAGCCUCCCAAAGUGCUAGGAUUACAGGCAUGAGCCACUGCACCCAGCCCCAGUGGCAGUUCCUCUAUGACACUGGUACACUGUGGCCCCGGACUGUGGGCACUACCAGUCGCAGCAGAAAUUACUUCCCACCAGAACUCACUCAGGGAUGUGGCAGAGACAGCAAGGUGCGGUAGAGACAAAGAACAAAGGAAGAGGCCAGGCAGGGUGGCUCAUGCCUGUAAUCCCAGCACUUUGGGAGGCCGAGGCAGGUGGAUCACCUGAGGUCAGGAGCUCUAGAUCAGCCUGGCCAAGAUGGUGAAAACUCGUCUCUACUAAAAAUACAAAAAAUUAGCCGGGCAUGGUGGCGGGCGUCUGUAAUCUCAGCUACUCGGGGGGCUGUGGCAGGAGAAUCGCUUGAACCCGGGAGGCAGAGGUUGCAGUGAGCCAGGAUCACACCGUCACACUCCAGCCUGGUGGGACAAGAGUGAGACUUUGUCUCCAAAAAAAAAAUAUAUAUAUAUAUAUAUAUAUAUAUAUGUAUAUUCACAGGGGAUUAUUUGUUCUUGGGUUUUCCUUUAGUGUCUUGAAAAUGGCUCCUUCAAUUUCAAGUCUGAAGGACAGACAGUACAUAGAGUAAGCUACCCUUUGUGUGAGAAGGCAGGGUGGAGAUGAACACACCUCUGUGUAUGCACUCACGCUGGCAAGACACGAAAGUGUAAUAAGGAAAUGGGUUAGUACGAGGCAGGGAACAAGGUAGAAGGGACCAGAAUGGAGGUGAGACUUCUGAAAAUACCCUGUAAUACAGUUUUUUUUUUUUUUU